AUGUUUUCUUCGCAUGAGGAUGAGGUCAAGAGGAGAGGGUAUGCCGGUGCAUUUCAAUCCCAUACUGUUUUCCUCACGGGUGGUACAGGGUCGUUGGGCGGAUGCCUUCUAUAUAAGUUGGCACUACAGCUUCCGACGCGGAAGAUCUUUGUCCUCAUCCGUGGCUCUCCUGAGGUAGCCGAGAAGAAAUGGAGCAAGACAAUGCCAAAGCAAACGAGUACGAUGUUGGCUUCGAACAGGAUCCAUUUUGUAGUUGGGGACAUGACGAAGCCGGAUUUUGGCAUCGAUGCCGCAACGCUGAGGCAGUUGGGUGAGGAGGUGACGUUGGUUAUCCAUGCAGGAGCAAGAAUCGCGCUGGACGCCAAUAUUGUCGAAGCCCUUGAGAAUAACUGUUUCCCCUCUCUGGAGUUAGCUCGGAUGGCGUCGUCGUUCACGAAGCUUAAGCUGUUCAUCCAGAUCUCGACUGCUUACGUGAAUAGUUUUCUGCCGGAUGGAUAUGUCGCGGAGCGGUUAUACGCUGUCUCUGACGAAGAUCCAGAGGACGAAAUUGCCGCGAUACAUCUCACGGGAAGCUCUCCUCACACGAAGCGGUUCUCCUCAUCCUAUACGCAGGCAAAGUACCUCAUGGAGCGUUUAAUGCUGAAACGGUACCCAGUUUUGCCAUUGCUCCUCGUGCGCCCGACUAUCUUUGGAUCCGCCUUGCGGUAUCCGUAUCCGUUGUAUGGGCCUGACGCGUCCACCCCCAUGAAUAAAUUUGCAUCUCUGCUGCUCUCGGACCGCGGAGGAAAACAGAUCUGGCAUGCUGCACAGGGAUACACAAGUGGCACGAAUAUCCUCGAUGAAAUCCCCGUUGAUUUUGUGGCCAACGCUUGUCUGUUACAUGCGGCGGCGAGGACACAGGGCAUAGUCCAGAUUGGAUCCGAACUCUAUUUCCCCUUGACGUUCGAUGAUUUCUUGAAUCUGGCAUAUUCUAGUGCCCCAGAGGAGUAUCGGCAACAGUUGCCCGCCAUUACCUUUGUCCAAGACAAGACCAUACCACAGUCAUUUCUCGCGGAGCUGGUCAAGGUUGCAACCCGUAACUGGGCGUUCGAGUGUGGUCGAUCAUCCUGGCUCAGACAAAUGGGUGGGCCCUUGAGCUUUACAGCGUGUAGACAUGAGGUUGAUAAGUUCAACGCAGCACGUACCAAGGAGAUUUAUAAGAGGACAUUAGAGAAAAUGGCGAAGCUUUAG